GGACUACAAUCUGAUGCAAACAACAGGAAGUAAAACAGCAAUUUACUUUUUGGGAAACUUUUAGCAGCGAAAAGCUCCUAAAAACAUCCUGCAAAGUGUUUAUUCAUCUAAAGAGCAGGUUCAUACAUCAGUGGGGAGUUUUAUGUCAUCGCGGUAGACAUUUCAGACACCUUAAACAGCUUAAACUGGAUCAUCUGCUUUGUUUGUUUACAUGUUAGCAGCCUAGCUAUCCAGUCAUAUGAUCUGUUAAUGAUCCAGCAGCUUUGUCCUCACGAAGGACACUUAGUGAAAGAGUACCACGCACCUGUACAAUAGUGAGGAGUUGUCUGAAGUGUGCGUUAACAAUGCGAAGCUAACGUUUAGUACAUUUGUUUGUGUGUCACUGAACCUUUUGGCCACUUUUGAUAAAAGGCCCCUGAGCGUCUCCAUGCCAACAUGCCUGCUUGUUCCUGUGGCAACUGGAGGAGAUGGAUCCGGCCGCUGGUCGUGGUGCUCUACAUCUUACUGCUGUUAGUCGUGCUGCCUCUGUGCAUCUGGGAGCUGCAGAAGUCAAAGGUUGCCACUCAUAAUAAAGCAUGGUUCAUCGCUGGGAUAUUUGUCUUCAUGACCAUACCCAUAUCAUUAUGGGGCAUCCUCCAGCAUCUGGUUCACUACACUCAGCCAGAGCUUCAGAAACCUAUCAUCAGGAUAUUAUGGAUGGUCCCAAUCUACAGCUUGGACAGUUGGAUUGCAUUAAAAUACCCCAGUAUAGCAAUUUAUGUGGACACAUGCAGAGAAUGCUACGAGGCCUAUGUCAUCUACAACUUCAUGACCUUCCUGCUGAACUACCUGGAGAAUCAGUACCCGAGCCUGGUGUCGAUGCUGGAGGCCCAGGAGCAGCAGAAACACCUGCCCCCUCUUUGCUGCUGCCCGCCCUGGCCAAUGGGAGAGGUUUUACUGUUGAGAUGCAAACUGGGAGUGUUGCAGUACACCGUUGUAAGACCCGUCACAACUGUGAUUGCCUUGAUCUGUCAGCUGUGUGGAGUGUAUGAUGAAGGCAAUUUUAGUUCAACAAAUGCAUGGACGUACCUGGUCAUCUUCAACAAUAUGUCACAGCUGUUUGCCAUGUACUGCCUGGUGCUGUUCUACAGGGCUCUGAGAGACGAACUCGGUCCAAUCAAGCCAGUGGGCAAAUUCCUAUGCGUCAAAAUGGUGGUGUUCGUCUCUUUCUGGCAAGCUGUGUUCAUUGCUUUGCUGGUGAAAGUGGGCAUUAUCUCAGAGAAACGUACAUGGGACUGGCAGAGUGUGGAGGCUGUAGCCACUGGCUUACAGGAUUUCAUCAUCUGUGUGGAGAUGUUCCUGGCAGCCAUCGCCCAUCACUACAGCUUCACCUACAAGCCUUACAUCCAGGAGGCUGAGGAGGUUUCUUGCUUUGACUCUUUCAUGGCGAUGUGGGACAUGUCUGAUGUCAGAGCAGACAUUUCUGAACAAGUCCGCAAUGUUGGGAGAACAGUUAUGGGUCGUCCAAGGAAGGCCUACUCCGGUGAGGCGCAGAAUGACGGUGAGCGAUCUGGCCUGCUCUCUUCGGCCUCCCAUGAUGCCAUCACAGAGGCGGCAGCCAACCCUGUGUCGCCCAACGGUCAGUACCAAGGCCUAGGCAGAACCCCCACACCGCACUCUGUGUCAGCGCCCGCUGGGCUCAGCUCGGUCCCUUGGGAUGAAGGAUAUGAGGCUGGACUUGAAGAAAGCCAGGAAGCGGAAAAGACCAACCAAACCAAAGAGCCAACAGAAGCAGAUCUCAUCGUGAUCACCUAACAGACUCUACCAGACAUGGUUGGGCAGGACCCAAUUACACAGCCUUGUCAUUUUCCUGCAGACAUUACUAAACUGAUGCAAGAUUAAAUAAACUGUUGUUUAUCAACCAAGUAAUUGUAGAAAGUUUGCCAACAAAUGCAAAUCCAGAUGGACCUCUCUGCCGGUGACAGCUCCAAGAAUGUUCGGUGAAGUUAUGGCACUAAACGACUUGUAGAUAAUGUGCAUUUUAUGCAGUUUUUGUCGUGCUAGGGAGUUAUAUGGUGCGUUGGGUUCUGCAGAAUGGUUUUUAAUUCACAGUAAUUGGGAAAGACUUCCCAUCAGUUUUAACACGUCACAAAGAGCAUCUCCUGAAGUCUGAGCGAAGCUUGCAUGUGUAUCCUUUCCAAAUAGGAAAUUAUUACACUUCUUAUGUGUCGUCUCAGCCAUAUCAUGAUCCCCGAUGUGACAGUUAGAUGAUAAAGAGAAAUAUGCAACUUUUAAAAUACAAAUGUUUUCUUCACUCUGUCUUUUGUUUAUAGUGAUUUCAGAGGAUGUAUCGAUUGAAAUGAGUCAUCGUAAAUCUACGAUAUCAAAGCACAUUAAAUGUCCAGAAUCAUCUAUUUUUUUGUCCUAGCGUGUAUAAGGUUUUGCAUCCCUAAACGAGGUGAUUAAAAGAGCCGAAGCAACAAAUUUUGGGAUGCAAAGUUGAGACUAAUUUCUUUCAGUAGUAUGUUAGCGCUAUGCCUGCUGAAAGAUUUGUCCCGACAGUGUGACUUCACUACAGACUCAAUAUUAAUACGAUGUAUUUCGUAAGGGUUUGAGUAGACACUGUGAGUACAGUCGAAGUAUUAAAACAAUGUACACAACGUUCAGUCUGUUACAAUCAGCACAUUCUAGUAAAUUCUCAUCAAUGCUUUGCUGCAUACAGCUCACUCUCUGGUAUUAUAUAGGACAUUUAUUCACUAGUCUUCUCAGAUGCCUUGUUCUAUGUGCCGUGGAACUAGUUUAUCCACUACAUCAAUUUAGCAUUUAUAUUCCAGGAUCAGUUUUAUUUGAUGAGAUGUUCCAUAUUGAUUUUUGGGCUUCUGCACCCAAGCCAUUUACUUUUCCCCGUAGAUUUUCUGAGUUUUUUGUCAUUGUGACUUACAUGGAUUUGUGCAGGGAUAUAUCAUGUUUAAUAUACAGUGUAAGAUGUCAGAUUGUGUCAGAAAAAAAAUCAUAAAUGUAUCAAAUCAACAGUAUAAUCUGCAUCAUAUGUUGCAUUGCCUUACAUGAUUUUUUUUUUUUUUUUUUUAAUAAAACUGACAGUAUUACAUCAGAUCUGAUG